AUGAAACGGGAAAAUGACAAAUUUACCCCCGUCUUCUUCAUCCUCCAUGUCAGAUUCUCCGACCCUAAUUCCGUCGUCUGUCAUGCCGUCCCUUCACAGCCGGAGGUGAAGAGGAUUGGAUCGAUACAAUUCCAAAUACUUAGCGCUGAAAACCUGAGAAAUAUUUCGGAGAUGAUAACAGCGGCUCUAGAUGGGCUUGAUCAGUGCAAAAUGCAAAUGGAUUUGUGGCGACAGAUGAGCAUGAACUUGAUUUACACAUUCCUUGCACAUUCUUUUCCUAGCUCUAGAGUACGUACGUAA